AUGUCGGGCCGCUGGAGCGCGUGCUGGCAGGUGCUGCUGUUCGGCGCCUCGGCGCUCGUGCUCGUAGCCGAGCGAGCCGCACUGUUCUUCUGCAUUGGGCUCUACCUGUGGCAGGAGCAAGUGCUGUGGGCGGGGCUGACCUUUGCCUUUUUGUUGCCGGGGUCGAUAGUGCAGGUGCUGAGCUUCCUGUGGUACAGGGCGGACGGAGAACAGCAGACAUGUCGCAUGAUCACCCUACACACACUCCACCUGGGCAUCUUCAAAAGGCUGUGGGACUGCAGCGUGUGUGUGUGGCAUGCGCAGGGCUCAGCGCAGUCUCACGCUCAGCUGGUGAUGCAGCAGGCGGACGUGUCGGCGCUGCGUCUGCUGGAGGUCUUCCUCCUCACGCUCCCUCAGUCCUUCAUACAGACGUACAUCCUCACAGCAACCGAACUCAGCCUCGCCUCGCCAGUUGCUCUGUGUAGCGCUGUUUGCUUGCUGUCUCUGUCCUGGGCGUUGGUGUUGUACAGUCGGUCAUGCUGCCUCACACGGCCCGGUCACCUACUGAUGCCGCCCGCUGCCCUGCUGUGCCAGCUGCUGUGGAGGGCGGGGAUGCUGGCCGCUCGCUUCGCCAGCCUGGCACUCUUCGCACGCUCAUUCGGCUGCUGGGUCAUCGGGGUCAUGAGUUCCCAUUGGCUGAUUGCUGCAUUCUGGUUGGUCUCCCAGCAGACGGACAUCUGUGUGGGCCGGUGGUCUUGGCGUGCAUUUAACCUCAUCCUGGGGGGUGUGCACAUCUUCCUCUUUCUGAAUGUGAAGGACGGCCCCUCGCGUUACCGCAUGGCCAGCUUUUAUACCGUGAUGCUGUUGGAGAAUACAACGCUCGUACUGGCUGCCUCCGACAUCCUGAGCGAGGCAUCCUGGGAUAGCCUUACUGUCCCUACUGCUGUCCUGUGUAGCUUUCUGCUGGGUCUGACGUCUCUGGUGCUGUAUUAUCGCUUCCUGCACCCGAAGUCCACCGAAAUCUCUCAGGGUCUGCGUCAUGGAGCCCACAUGGGCAGCGCGUGUCUGGACCAGGGCGAGUCUUCUUUCUCUCUGGGUGACAAAAGCCUGGCUCCUGCCUCUCUGCCUCUCUCCUCCUCUCAUCCCUCCUUCUCUCUCUCGGGCAUCCCUAGCUCCUUGCUGGAACACGCGGGCAGCUGCGGGGUCAAGGCGGACGGAGAGUGCCGUCACCAUCACUGGCUGCUGGUUCGACUGGCGCUGAAGACCGGUGACCCAGCCAAAAUAAAUCAGGCGUAUGGCGCCGGGGGGGUUGGAGGGAUACUGGCGGAGGAGGAGGAGCGUAGGAAAGGAGAGAGUGUAGACGGAGGAGAGAUGGGGGGCGUGUCACGGUCUGACAGCAAAGACGACACUCUGGCUCCUCUGUCGGACUGCAAGGAGGAGUUUGAGAGCGUGAGCGAGGCGAGAGAGGACGAAGAGGAAGAGGAGGAGGAGCAGGACGAAGAUAACAGUGACAGUCUGGAGAUGGAGAGUCCACUAGAGUCUCCGGAGUCGGAGUGUAAGCGCAGUUCUCCUGAGGGGAAGUCUGUGUUUGGAGACAGUCCAGAGCCUAAUUACUGCCCCACCGAGUCCAGCUCCACGCUUUACUUCAGCGCUGACCCACAAUCCCCUAGUAGCGCCAGCAACUCCCGCCUGGACCGCCUGGACCGUGACCCACGAUUCAGCUUCGGCUCAGGAGCUGCCAUGGAGGCUUUCGGGGAGCCCAGCCUGGCCUCCAGCGACCGCGACCUCAUGAUGGGAGUCCUGGGUCGGGGCGGCCCCUGCUACACCUCUGCCCCCCGGCUGGAUGCCCCAGGGCCUCUGGAAGGCUCUGCUCCCCACCUGUCCGGCCCCCGCAGACAGCUGGUGCUGUCUCGACGAGGCCUGGAGGACGACUCAGGCCUCUGAGGAAGAAAAGUUUGAAGGGAGAGUUUGGAGGAAAAUCAGAUUUACACAGUUUUCCUCCUAAAUGCAGCCAAGAGACGUGCUUAAAGGGGAAUGGUUGAAAAAUUCUGCAUAAAUCAAUCAUUUAAAUUUAAACAAAGUCAUUCAGAGUGGUUUGAUGGACCAGCUCACACACUGGUGGCCAUAGGAACCAAAGGUCACCAUGUUUAAUAAAGCCUUUAUGUAUAUCAGUUGUACUUAUUAUCCAAAAUAAUCAGCAAACUUACAAGUGUUCUCAGUUUUAUGUAAUACUUACACUUAAAAAUGAGGGGUUCUUUAGUAGAAAAUGGUUCUGUA